UUUUGGUUUUUUUUGUUCUCCGACGUUUUAAAUGUUGGACAUACAUUUAUGGUUAUCUCACGGAAAUUAUUGUCCGCUACUUUGAUUAACAAAUCACGGACAUAUAUCAAUAUGUUUCAUAAGUACAGAGAAUACGGAAGACUAUCAUCCAAACAUGCUUCUGAAGCCUCUGGUGCAUGUAGUUGGAAAUACUACAAAUAAAAAAAAUGUCAAAUUAUGACUAACUGUGAUAGUUCAAUUACAAUGGCGUGCAGUUAUUUGGUCAUUAUGAUAUGUGUUUUUCAGUAUUCCUUUGCCGCUUCGUCCUCUACAAAACUCAUAACCCGAUCUACUCCAUCUGCAAUUACAUCGACGACGAUUAAAUCAUUCGAUUCCACACUAUCGUCUAAAGGUACCACAAAGACAUCAACAAAAAGCGCAGUAACCUCAACAACAGCAAAUGUAUCUGAAUCCACAACAAAGCCGCGGCCGACAGUGAAAUCUACCACCAAUGACACGACACAUUUGCGGAAAAGUACCAAAAAGACAUCUACAAAAAGAGCAGUAACCGCAAGAACAUUUAAUGUAUCUGAGUACACAACACUGCCGCGGACGACAGUGAAAUCUACCACCAAUAACACGACACAUUUGCGAACAACUACUCCUUCCCCAAGCACUAUUCCAUCAAGUGCUCCAGGUACCCCUGCAACAAAAUUGUUCUCUAAAUCAGCAACAACCAAUUCAAUAAAAACAAGGACUUCUUUUCAAACCAGCAAAGAGCAGAAUUACUAUGCUACAAGUACAAGCCAAGACGCAGCCACGGUCAUCUCGAGUGGUGAUCAAACAAUCACUAUUAAUCAGACAACACUUAUCAUCAUUUCAGCUUGUGCUGUAUUGGUUACUCUUAUUGUAUCAAUCACAGUUGUCAUUUGCGUUAGAGUGCACAGUAGAAAUUCCAGUUCAGUAACCAUUGGAUCAAACAAGCCAUAUACAAACUAUUCAACGGUUAACAGACCACGGUACCGAACUACAAACAAUGUUAACAAACCUGCAUCCAAAUCAAAUGCAACUGUCGACCCCGGACCGCAAAUGGGUCUUGGCUGCAAUGGCGGGCAGAAUUCUAUUACAUAUAGUUACGCGACAAACCAAAUACCACAUUAUACGUCUUCUCUCAGUGAACACAAAGUUCCACAGAUGACCACCCCAAGCUCUUAUUUCGGUGAGAGCCCAGGACGAAUGCCGUCAACCAAUGAUGAAAAACAGUCGUAUGUUGAGUAUGCAGCGGCCAUCCCAUUGCACAAGUUUAACGCUUCUAAUGGCAACAACGCUCAGGACAGCGUUCCAGGGCACUAUGUUAAUGUACACCAAGCGCAGAUAGGCCAAACUAGUUUCUCGAGCCCUGUGUCUGUACAAUACGCUUCUGUCAAAAGAUCACUUCACCCCAAGCCCAUCAGUGUCGACCAUAUUUAUAGAGUUACAACUGGGCAUGAUUCGCCGAAGAGGGCAGGCACCAGUGAUUUGCAAGUUCAUGAACUUCACUAUGCGGAUCUCGACCUUCCUGGAUCAUCGAGAAACAUUGUUCAGAUUCAAACGGACAAUGCUAUCAACAGAUGUCAGUACACAGAUGUUAAUGUUCUCACAAAACAAUAAUUUAUUUCCUCCAAUGACAUAGAUCGGGUUAGGGUGUUUCCCUUUGGAUAGCGCUGACACGGCCGACCAAAAUAGAUUUGACGCAAUAUGAUAAAUGUUGCAACUCACAUAUUUUUUCAGUGAUGCAUUAUUUUUAUUAUUAUUAUUAUUAUUUGUCUGAUACAUUUAAAGGGGCCGUCCAACAGAUUUUGGCAUGUAUUGAAGCUUGUCAUUAAAUGCUUUAAAUGCUUUAUAUUGAUAAAUUUAAACAUUUGAACUAAAAAUCUCCUGCAAAAAAAAAACAAGAAUAUAUUUUUAAAAAAGGAAAAAAGUAAACCUCAACAGGGCUAUGCCACUGACCCCUGGAUUCCUGGAGUCCUGGAGUAAAAUGCCACCCGCCUAGACCACUCGACCAUCCACGCUCAUGUUUUGAGCGGAUGUAUUUUAUAGCUAUAUAAGCAAUCCUCGUAGUUUCCCAAAAUAUCGUUUCGCGUCGAUACGACGCUUUAUCUGUUGUACGGCCUCUUAGAUACACGUGCAAAUUAUAUUGCGUUUUCAUGCAAUUGUAUAUAUAGCAUUAAAGUGUCUACAGAAUGAUUAA